AUCAUGCCAUGAAAUGAUUCAUCAAUAUUUGGGCUGUUUGUUUUGAUUUUAAUGAAAAAUAAAUAAUUCAAAUUGAAAAAUAUAAUUGGAUUGUUGUGGAUUGUUGUUUUAAAUAUAUAAAUAAAUUUUAAUUUGCUCGGGGCAUUAAAUUUAUUGAUGACGUUACUUAAACUUGUCAACAACAAAAUAAAUUUUUCGUAAAUACUCGGUUGUUAUCGGAAUAAUAAAAAAAUUGGAAAAAAAUACACCUGACACACUUCAAGUUGAAAGUCCAGUUUGAAAGUCCAGGUUCGAAUUUAAACUUCAAAGUUCAAGAGUUAAUAAUUAUUUAGUGUUACUAAAAAUGAUGUUGUCAAGGGUUAAAUUAACAGGAUUUAAAAAUUUAUUGAGACAAUACUCAUCAUCCAGCAAGGAACUUGUUAGUAUAACAAAAAACGAUGCUACAGGUACAAGUAUCAUCUCCAUGAAUAGAUCACCAGUUAAUGGUUUGAGUCUUGAAAUGAUAACUGCCUUAAAAAAAUCAUUUGAAACUGUUGAAAAUGAUGGAAGCAAAGGUGCUAUUUUAACAUCAUCAUUACCAACAAUAUUUUCUGGUGGCAUUGACAUUAUGGAAUUAUACAAACCUGAUAUUAAAAGAGCUACUGAUUUUUGGACAACAUUACAAGACACCUGGUCAACACUUUAUGGACUUAAAAUACCAAUUGCAGCUGCAAUAAAUGGUGCUAGUCCAGCUGGUGGAUGUUUACUUGCUAUAUCCUGUGAAUAUCGUGUUUUUGUUGAAGGUAAACAUACAAUUGGAUUGAAUGAAACAAAAUUAGGAAUCGUUGCACCAAAAUGGUUUACUGAUCCUUGUAUUUUAACAAUUGGAUAUCGUCAAGCUGAAGUGGCACUUUUAAAAGGUGAAUUAUUUCCACCAGAAAAAGCUUUAGAAAUUGGUCUUGUUGAUGAAUUGGCAACUAGCAAAGAUGAUGCCAUUGAUAAAUGUCAAAAAUACAUCAAUUCUUAUGCUAAAAUACCAGCUGGUGCAAGAAUUAAAACAAAGCUUGAUUUACGUGGUGAACAGCUACAGUGGCUUAUUAAAAAUCGUGAAGCUGAUACUCAAGAUUUUCUUUAUUAUAUUCGUCAGCCAAAAGUCCAGGCUGGACUUGAAUUAUACUUGCAGUCAUUAAAAAAACAAAAAUAAGAUUUUUAACUUUUAAAAUAUCUAUAUAGAUACUUGAUAUAUUUUUUUUUAAUUUGGUUAAAAUUGUCAAUUAAUUUUCAUAUAUAUUUUAUAAAAAUUAUAUAUACUCAAUAUUGUUUAUAAAUUAUUAAAUUUUAAAUUCUUAAAAAAA